AUGGCGACCACAACCUCCAACUUCUUCCCUCUGGCGACGGAGACCUACUACCCAGAUCCCGCCGGCGAUGCCAGCUCCUCGUCCGGCGGCCGCGUCGACAACGAGGCCGGCGCUUCUGGAGACAGCCCCGGAGCCGUCGGUCUUUCAUCCAGCGCCAUGAUUGCCAUCAUCGUGGUCGUCUCCAUCGUGGGCGCCCUCGGAAUCGGUAUGGCUGUUUUGUUCUACAUUGCCAAGAAGCGCGAAUGGAAGAUUAGGGAGACCAUGCGCAAGUCGGCCAGGAAAGUCGUCACUGCUCUCACGCCGCGGAGGACCGAAUUUCCCAAGUCCGUCAAGGAGUCGUCCUCGCCGCCGCGCAGCCACCGCGGCCGCGCUAGACUGGACGAUGUGCCCCCGACGCCGAGGCUCCGCCCGGAAGAUCUCGAGAAGGGAAUCGAGCAGGCCGAGAAGAAGCGGAAGCUCAUGAGAUGGGGACGGAAAUGA